UUAGAAAUGUUUUAGUUUAAAUGUCAGAUGUGGAGGCCAUCAUGGGUGGGUUGGUAGUUUUGGCAUGUUUCGUUGUAUUGUGUCAUUUUAACGGUGUCUUGUGUGAUGAAAACAAAGAGGUAAACUGGGAUUUGAAAAACAAUCUGCGAACGAAAAGAUCUGCUCAAAGUGACAUUCAAAACCCUAAAUACAAUAUUACAAAAACCUUAAGUAGUAAAACAAUUGAACCAAAAGAAAACAUUGUUGCAGAAUCUACAGAUAAUAUUAAGGUUCCAACCAAUGAAAGAUAUGAACCAAAUAAUGUAAGAGACAUUAAUAAUAUGCUCAUUGAUAUAGAAACCAUUGCUCAUAAUGAAAACAAUACUAAAGGCAUUGACAAAAUCAGACAACUGGUGGAUGAAAUAGCCAAGCAGACUAAAAUGAAAGAGAAUGUUGAAGCAAGUGUUAUUAAAUCUUCGAAAAAAGAACCAUCUGAUACUAUUGUAAAAACAGUUUUAAGGCAUAUUGGACCAAUAAAUGACAUCGAAACAAAAGAAAUGGUUAACAUUGUUCCACUUAAAAAACCUACAAAAAUGUUGAAAAAUGACCAACUUGUAACUCAGAAUGCAAAAGUAGUUUUGAAACACGUUGAACCAAUAAAUGACAUCGUAACAAAAGAAACGACUGACAUUGUUUCUCUUAAAAAACCUGCAAAACAUACGAAAAGUGAACAGCUCGUAACUGAAAAUGCGAAAAUAGUUUUACCAAUACAUGACAUCGAAACAAAUGAAACAGUUAACAUUGUUUCUUCUAAAAAAGAUUCACAACUUGCAAAAAAUGAACAGAUCGUAACUAGGAAUGCAAACAUAGUAUUGAAACAUGUUGAACCAAAAAAUAAUACUACAAGAAUAGAAACUAAAAAAAAUGUUAAAAAACCGAUAACUGGUGAUCAUGAAGAUAUUAAAGAUACAAAAGAAAUAAAACCACAGGAACCAUUGUUCAUAAAUAGAAGAAGGCACGAUGGCGAUUUAUCAAACCAUGGUGGUGACAGAGCAAAAGCCACGUCAGAAGAUGAAAAUCAAAUCAAAAUAAAUGAACAUAUGUAUAAAGAAGAAUUAUUACAGCAUCCACAUACUCAAGGAAAUGCAUACAACUGGUACAAUGGCCAAUAUUAUAAUCACAAUUACGGAAGCAGAAACGUGUUUGCAGGAAACGAGUACAAUAUUGAUAAUUAUUAUAGUAAUGGCAAUAAUUAUCCAUACUACAAUGGCAAUAAUGAAUACUAUACCAACUCGUAUCCUUUAAGUCAACAAACCAAUGAAGUAAACCAAGAUUGUACAAGAUAUACAAAAACUACCCUUGAUAGAGACACUGUAAUAAGCAUAAAACCCAAUGAACAACUGGUUCAGAGUUUAAAUGAAGAUAGAAAAGAACUAACAAACAUACAAAGUCCUAAUUUUUACAGGAAAUAUUACAGUGACAUGUAGGUAAAAGCAGUAUUUAGAUGAAAAUGGAGUUGUAUAGAAGCCAUAUCAAAUGCUAUCAAUGUAAAA